AUGUCCUACUCCUACCCGACGGUGCUCCUCCUCUCGGUGAUGGGCGUCUUCACAUUCCUCGCCGUCGUGGCCGCGACCGUCUACUUUGCGGGCUACGCCGACGACGUCGCCGAGUGGUGGGCCAAGCGGUAUUACAAAGCCAAGGCCGUCGCCGAGGUCAAGCUGAUGGAGAACGUGGGCGAGGACAAGGUCCAGGGGUUGGUCAAAGACUCGCUGAAGAAGAACCCCGUCAUGGGCAAAGACGAACUCGACCAGGUCUCGGGCGGUCUGGGUCAGGAGGCCGUCAACGAGGGUCUCGGCGGUGUCAGUGGUAAGCUGGGCGGGUUGGGGAAAUUGUGA